AUGAUGGGCCCUCCCAAGCGGUUGGUCGAGAACCUUGCCCCGGAAGAGCGAACUCCCGGGAUUUUCCUACUUGCAUCCCAGGACAUCUUCAGAUCGGUUGCGAGCAAGGACUACUCACACCUUGGAGUCUUCAUCGCUUUCUAUGAGAUCUACUGUGGCAAGCUUUUCGAUCUCCUGAACAACAGGCAGAUCUUGCACGCCCGCGAGAAUGCCAAAGGCAACGUUGUCAUUGCUGGACUGCAGGAGCAUCCCGUGGGCAAUGUGCAGGAUCUGAUGGAGGUCAUCGAGUUCGGCCUCAACAGCCGGACAACGGGCGUGACCGGUGCCAACGUAGACUCGUCUCGCUCCCACGCCAUUUUGCAGAUCAGCUUGAAGGACUUGGAGUCCAAGGAGGAGCACGGGAAGAUCUCCUUCAUUGACCUUGCCGGCAGUGAGCGUGGUGCAGACACCCUGGACACCGACCGACAGACGCGUAUGGACGGCGCCGAGAUCAACAAGUCCUUGCUUGCGCUCAAGGAGUGCAUCCGAGCCCUCGAUCAGCAGCUGGACCACACACCGUUUCGAGGCUCCAAAUUGACGCAGGUCUUGAAGGACUCCUUCGUUGGUGCAAACUGUCGGACGGUGAUGAUCGCGAAUGUCUCGCCGUGCAGUGGUGCUGUGGAGCACUCGCUCAACACUCUCAGGUAUGCGUACCGAGUGAAGGAGCUGCGAAGUGCACCAGCUCCUUCCAAGGUGGUAACACCACCACCAGGUCCCGGUGCUGAUACUUCACAGCAGCUCCUCUCAAUGCAGGGCGAUCUUCUGGUGGAUCACUCCAGUGACAGCAGCGAUGAGGAACUCCAGCCGCCGCAGCCAUCGCGGCGUGCGUUCAGCAACGAUGCCCAGGCUUCACCUGCGAGCCAGGGCAGCGGAUCCAGUUGGAACGGCACGCAGCGAUUGGCAACCUCUGCACAGGUGGCCAACGCAGUUGCCGCGGCCAAUGCAGCCGCAGCUGCAGUACUGCCGUUGCAGCAGCAAAUUCAGCAGAAAGAGCUUCAGCACCAGCCACCUGCUGGACAGGCUACACCAUCACAGAAUUCCAACUGUCCGCCACAGCAACAGGCCCCACAGCAGCAAUGCCACACACCACAGCACUCCCCACCUAACACACACGUUCAGCCAUCAUUUCAACCACCGCAACCAGCGCAGCCAACGCAGCCGCCAUCACAGGUGCAGCAGGCCAUAGUUCAGGACCCUGUGGCAGCUGGCCUCCCCGAUCAUUCCCAAGCAGCUUUGGACGAGUUGGCUCGACAACACGACCGGCUCAUAGGCACCAUCCUGGCAGAGGAGGAGGAGUUGAUCACAGCUCACCGUCAGCACAUUGACAUGAUGGUGGAGCUGAUCAAGGAGGAGAUGGUGCACCUGAACAACGUUGACCGUCCGGGCUCUGACGUCGACGCUUACGUAAAUGGCCUCGACCGGAUACUCCGAAUGAAGGCUGAUUACAUCGGCGACAUCCGUUCUCGCGUGGACCUCUUCAAAGAGCACCUUGCGCAGGAGGAUGCGCUUUCACGGAAGUUCCAAUCCCUAGCAUCAUCAUCGGGUUGA